AUGAAUCCCACCGUCCCAGCAGAAAAGCAAGAAGUUGUGAAGGCUCAGGCCGAUUUUUGGGCUCACUCUAGGCGUAGUCCGAUCGUCCGGACACCAGCCGAUUACGGGAUGGAGUAUGAAGAAGUUUCAUUCCCCUCAUACGAUCAGGUUAAGCUCAAAGGUUGGUUCAUCCCAUCUGAAGGAUCUAAUAAGCUUAUCAUUUGUAACCACCCAAUGCCUAUGAACCGCUAUGGUUAUCCCGGGCAUCUUGAUGAAUUCAAGCAGCUCUGUGGUUUCGAAGUUAACUUUCUUCCGGAGUAUAAGAUUCUCCAUGAUGCGGGCUACAACCUUCUCUGCUAUGAUCAGCGUAACCAUGGCGAGAGCGGCGAGGGUGACGGCGGUGUAGCUGCCGCUGGAAGACAUGAAUGGAAAGACUGUGUCGGUGUAAAGAUUUGGGCCGACAAGCAUCCAGUCUUUUCUAAGAUGAAUUUAGGAUUAAUGAGCAGAUGUAUGGGCGCAAACGCCCAAUUCGAGGCAAUAUCGCGAUAUCCAGAGCUCUUUCACAACGUCAAAUGUAUGAUUGCUCCUCAGCCGGUCACUGUCAGGUACGCUGCCGAAGCUUUUUGUGAUCAAUUGGGCAUUUUGGAAUACAUAGAUGUUCUUGACGAAGAGAUACGAAAACUGGGGGGCUUCGCGACAACAGAAAUUGGCCCAAAGCCUUUUGUUCCCAAUGUCCACUUGCCAACUUUAAUUAGUCAAGUUCAUGAGGAUUCCUGGACUAAGCCAGAAGAUGUGGAAAAUAUUUUCGCACUAUUAGGUACCAGGGAAAAGAAACUCGUGUGGAUUGAAGGAACGAAAAACAGGUUCGACGGUUACAACUUUUUUGGUGAGCAUCCCAAAGAAAUGCUCAAUUGGUACGCCAAAUACAUGUGA